AUGAUGCCGAACUCUACAUGCGUUGUAGCUGAUGGGUUUAAGGUGAACGGAGAACCCAAGGUGAAGCUGAGUAAGGAAGUUGAAAUUGUGGGGGAGCAUAAGAGUGCCUUCCCAAAAACUGGAGUUGGGAUCGUCAACAAGGUGGAGCCGGUCAAGGGCGAGCAGUUUGACAAGGGUGAUUUGGUCUCUAUGCCAAUGGUGGAAGCUGUGAAGGGAAUUAUUGGAUCCAAUGACGGUGGUUGUGGGUUCGAAUAG